AGUUUGCCGGAAACUCAAGUAAGGGUAUCAAACAAAAUCAGUAACUCACCAAUUCAUCCAAACAAAACCCACCUUUAUCAGCCAGAGGCUGGCUUAUGCCAAUAUGCCAUCGAACAUAAAAUGGAUCCUGAGAAAUUUUCGAUCAUUACUGAAGCUGAGAAAAAUAGGUGGGCCGUGGGAUGUUUUCCUGCUGACUUGGAAAGAGAUAUACGUCUUUAUCGUGGAGGAAUAAAAAGGAACGAAGAUACAAGAAAAUAUCAUAAAUUUUUAACAAAUCGGAAUAGGAUGGUCGGUGAAGAGUUAUUACGUUGUGGUUUACUAAAAAGCGGUUUAAGUACUGCAUGGCUAGACAAUCUGAUGAAAGAAUGGGAAGAAAUCCAUAUUCAAUUCAUACAAAUUUUUAGCCAGACAUAG